AAGCCUAAAAUAGUCACUUUGGAUUUUGGAAUGGGUUGUGCCAAAAUUAGGAAAAACAAUUGUGUGCAAACUACUGCAAAUUGUCUUUUUUUCAACAACUCCACUCCACCAGUGGCAUAAUGGGGCAUCCAUGGGAGGGGUAGUAGUAGUACAGUAGUAGACAGUUAUCUUCCUGUUCUUGAUUGUGGACUGUGGUGUAUGAAAGAGAGAGAUGAUGAGUGACGGAGUUGCAGCAAGAGUGAGUUCAAUCUUCAUAUACCCAAUCAAAUCGUGCCGUGGAAUCUCCCUUUCUCAGGCACCCCUCUCCUCCACUGGAUUUCGAUGGGACCGACAAUGGAUGGUUGUGAAUUCCAAAGGUCGGGCAAUCACCCAAAGAGUUGAUCCAAAGCUUGCGCUAGUUGAAACUGAACUGCCAAACGAGGCACUCUCUCAGGGCUGGGAACCAAAUGAGCACUCAUAUCUUGUAAUUAAGGCCCCCGGCGCUGAGGCACUGCAAGUUCCAUUAAGCAAGCCUUCUCUUGUGACAACGGUUGGGGUUUCAGUGUGGGAAUGGUGUGGCUCUGCAUUUGAUGAGGGAGAUGAAGCAGCACAGUGGUUCUCCAACUAUCUUGGAAAACCCGCUCGGCUCGUGCGCUUUAAUGAAGCAUCAGAAACAAGGCCUGUGGAUGCCAAUUACGCCAGUGGAUACAAAGUUAAAUUUUGUGAUGGGUAUCCAUUUCUAGUGCUAUCUCAGGGGUCAUUAGAUGCGUUAAAUGCCCUUCUCAAGGACCCAAUUCUGGUGAAUCGUUUUAGACCCAAUAUACUUGUUGAUGGGUGCGAAAAAUAUGCGGAGGAUUUGUGGAAGGAGAUCAUCAUAAACAAGUCCCCCUUCUAUGGUGUUAAAUUAUGCAGUCGCUGCAAGAUACCUACAAUCAAUCAAGAAACAGCAGAAAUGGGGAAGGAGCCAACUGUGACACUGACGCAGUUCCGUUCAGACAAAGUGUUGCUUCCAAACAGGAAACAAAAGGGAAAUGUGUUUUUUGGACAGAACAUGGUUUGUGCCGACUCCCUUCGCGAAGGAGGAGGAAGGAUAAUCAGAGUUGGUGAUCCUGUUUAUGUCAUCAAAGCAGUGCCAUCAUGCACUGAAGCAGCAGCUUGAAGAACUCUCUCAUGUUUGUGUAAUAAUAAUAAUAAUGCUCUGUAAUAAUGAUUAAUGAGUUGUACUUUCAUAUAUUUCCAUGAGAUAGUAUAGUGAUCAGUGAAUGUGUAGAGGCCCUGCCCCUCGUAGUGUAUGACGACAAUAAAUAAUACCCUGGGUG